CCUCAUGUACGACCUCACCCGCUUCACUCACACUCGAAUCACAACAGUCCUAACCAACAACAACAACAACAACAACAGCACCCCCGAUCUGAUCCCUCCUCACCGAUCACUCCCCCGAUCAUCAUCAUCAUCGUCAUCAACAACAACAACAACCCCAGGAAGCUCUGCCCACGCUCAGAUCUUCAAACUCCAUCAAACGACGUAGGAUGUCGAUCGCAGAUGAACGUUCACUACUCAAAACAACUCAUCAUCAUCUCUCCUCAUCAUCAUCAUCCAACCACCCCUCCGUCUCACCCGAGACUAGAACCCAGCACCAAAAACUCUCAGCCGACUCCUUCACCGAGCCCAUCAGCCCACUCGUCAUCGGCUUCAACCAACCACACGAACCUACUGCCAUCCAACAGGUCGCCAAUACGAUCAGGCUCAGAGAAGAACAGAAGCGGCUCAUCGAACACCGUCGGAACUCAUUCGCCGGCCUCAACUCAUUCUCCUUCUCUAACAAUAAUACCCGCUCUCCUAACCCUCCCUCUCAGAAUAAUAACAAUCGAUAUUCGCCCCGGACUGUUAGAACUAGCCAACCCGCCUCUCGAGCCUCCUUCUCCAAGGUUGCCCUAUCAUCCUCAUCAAGCAACAACAACAACAACAACAACAACAACCACUCAAACAAUAAUGGCAGCAACACCGGGCAUAACGGUCUCAUGAAACUACUCUCCCAUCCUAGCCUGUCUAACUCUACAUCAUCCACCUCGAACCAACCUUCCCAGCAGUCAUUGUACGAUGCACCCCCUCCAGUGGUCAGCCUUCCCUCAAUCGAUGAAGCAGCUGCUCGCAAGCCGCCCUCCAAUCCACACCGUCAGGCCCUUCCAACCUCAACCGCACCGAUAAACCAAGACACACAUCCCGAUCCGAACACCAGCCCAGACAUGUUGGACCGCAGCAGCUCUCCCACCGACUCUUCUACCCAGAUGGGUCCCAGCUCUUCCGUGGCCGAUCGAAGAGGCCAGGUAGUGCGAGAAAAAGUCAAAAACAUGGCUCUGGCCCCUCAGGCAUUCCGUCCCCAGCUACUCGUCCAGCCCUCGGUCAAGUCAGCUCCCAUCCGGAGUGGGUUCCUACAAGCCACCGCACCCAACGGAGAGGUCGUCACAACUCCUUUGAUUGCCCGCACCAACUUGGCCGGCUCCGGGGGGACCGGAUCAACAAACCCGAAUCACGCCCCCGAACCCCCUCAGCAGCCCCGGUUCGCCAAGUAUAACCCGAACAACCCGUCUAGCCUCAACCACAGCUCACGGCUGAAUCACUCCAUCGGUGCCGGCCCGAGCACGGCAUAUCCCAACCUGGGCGCCUCGGAGGGACCCUAUCGUCAGGGGAUCGAACGUCGGAUGACUAUGCAUGCCGGUUCCCUGAUGCAGGUCCCCACCCUCAGUCAUCUCUUAUCCGGCUCCAACAACCCGCUCUCUCAGAGUCAACCGAGUCCCGGUCGGGGAAGGCCAUCCGGCAAGUCGGCCAAUCCAGCGGCCAACCACCAGACUCAAUCUAUCCCAUUGGGCCCUGGCCAGCCGAAUCCGAACCCUCCCUAUCCUCCCAAUCACCACCACUACCACCAAUCACAGUCCCAACAACGCGCACACCAUGGGACCGACGGACAACGAACCGCGACUUUCCAGGAACAAGCACCAUCGCAACCACCAGGCUCGGCGCGAUUACGAGGCUCGAUUGGUGGUGGAGGGAUGAUGGGAGGUUCGACGGCAGCCGGGAUCCCAUCGAAGCAAAUGUUCUUGCAGCUGUUUGAGAGCUUUUAUGACUCGUUAUCGGACUCGAAAGUGUUGCAGAACAAUCUGGAGGAGCAGAUCCGUCGGUCGGCCCAAUUGCUGCAUUCCUUGCAACAGUCGGCAACGGUGUUUGAGGCGAUCCUCGACGACCGCCUGGCUGCCGUCCAGACCCAAUCGACCCGUGAACUGCAGAUCUUGGAGAAUCGGAUCGAUCGCUUGGAGGCUCGGUUGCCCCUCCCUAAUAAUCUCUCGAACCCUAACGACGAAGACGAGCUCUUGCCGCUCGACGUUCUUCCGGAUCCCGCAGAUCAUAAAUCGCCUAUCAUCCCCACUGGGUCUCCUAAAAUCCCCCACUCUACCGUUUGUUCUCACUCCCUUCCCGUCUCUCUUCUUCCCUUGUAUUGA